AUGGUGAGCGAUACACGCGAUGCUCUAUUGGCAACACUCUUGUUACUACCAGUCUUAUUGAACGCUACCGUGAUUCAUUUGGAUAUUCUUCAGGCACAACCGCUAGCUGAUGACAGCAGUUUUGAAAUAAUCGCUAAAGAACAACAUCAAACCGUUACUAAGUGUAUGUUCGAUGGAACAAAUUCCUUUUUUAUCUUCUACACAUUUGGCUGUGGUUUCGUGCUGCCUGCACUUCUCAUAACCUACUUUUAUACGAGAGUAAUUUUUCGGCUUCAAAAAAGUGUCGCCAAUAUCCGUCGUAAUAGUGUCAGUUCGAAAAAUUCUGGAUCUACCUCACGAGUUCAGCAGGUGACAAAACGCAUUGUUGCCGUAAUUCUAUUCUAUUUCUUUUGUUGGACGCCUCAGUGGAUUCUCAAUUUACUCUCUCACUUCAGCCUCAUUACGGUUUCAUGGUCUACACUAACGCUGUCGUCGAUAUUUUUUGCAGCACAUUUAUUGGUUUGUUUUAAUUCGGCUACAAAUCCCAUUCUUUACGCAUUGAUCAAUCGAGAAUUACGACAACAGCAUGUUCAAGCAAUGUUGAAACGAAGACGUUCCAUAUCGAACGCCACUAACCACGCGCUUGAUUUUAUCGCUAAGCACUCGCACAGUGGCCUAAAUCCGUUUUACAAUGAUGCCCAACAACGACAACAGCAGCAACAACAACCUCAGCAAACUUUAAGAGCGAGUAAUCAUUCAUUGAUUGCUUUGGUUGGUUUUAAGAAGACACCCGCUUUACGACGUCAACGAUCGAGUAGUUGUGAUAGUUUGAAGAGUGCACAAGCAAAGUCAGCGGUGCUCGCAAAAAGGGCAUCUACAUCAUCGACGAUUACUGAAAACAGUCCUAGCGCGAUACGGCAUAAAUCGACAAAUGCUUUAUCUGCAGCCCAACAGUAUUUCAAAGAUGAUUUAUCAAAACCACAACAAUCCGAUACUACAAUUCAAAUUAAUUGUGUUAUUAAUACUGAGAUUAAUAUUACUCUCGCUGUUCCAUCUAAUCUCAUUACUGAGAAUCUCAACGCCAACAAAACCCCAGCAGCAAUUGCCAGUUACCGAUCAAGAAAACAAAAACAACUACCAUCAUCGUCAUUGCUAGGUGAUCAGAAUAUCGCUGCGGAACUUUUAUCGUACGAUGAUCAUAUCGACGUCAGCAAUAAACAUUACCCUUAUGAACGAUCAUCAAACGUUCAAAGAAGGUCCUCAGCAUCCGAGAACGUGAUGCUGUUGAAAUAUGAAUGCUUUCAUUCGAAUGAUGAAUCAUCAUCAAUCGAAGAAUUACAUUCGAAUAAACUGAGGAAUGCGGAUAGUACCAUGAAAGAAGAUUGUCUGAUGCGAUCGACUGCAGUUCCGAUCAAAUUCGAACCGAAUGAUGCACUACUCUAA